GGUAUUUUUCCUGAUGUCAAAUCGUGCCGUACACAGAAUUGAAUCUGCACGCUAGUUUGUGAAAAGAGAAAUAUGUCGGUCAAUCAGCUUAAUGCACCACCAAGUUCUGCAUCAUCCGACAGUGACGCAAGUGAACCGAAGGAGUGCGAAGUCCUCGAUUUCAACACUGGUGUACAUUCGAGCGACAGUGGAUAUGAUGCAGAGAUCCCCCCGGACUGCUGCCCGGCCUCGCCGGCCACGGUGCCAUCGAAAACGACACGUUCGAAUUCGUUCGCCUCGCAGCUUCGCUCUCCGAAACCACGUCGUCAACGGACCACUUCCGUUAAUCAGAAUACCAUCAAUUCGAACGAAGCUAUCAUUCGCUCGAACAAUCGUACGAUCUAUACGGCGGGUCGGCCACCCUGGUACAACUGCGCUGGUCAGCAGGUGGAACCGUUCGUAAUAGGAAUUUGUGGCGGAAGUGCAUCGGGUAAAACUACCGUUGCACAGAAGAUCAUAGAAAGCUUGGACGUACCAUGGGUUACUCUGUUGUCGAUGGAUUGCUUCUACAAGAUACUUAACGAUAAACAGCAUGAACAGGCAAAUCGCAAUGAGUACAACUUUGAUCAUCCGGAUGCCUUUGAUUUGGAGUUGAUGAAAGAUGUCUUGCAAAGGCUCAAGGAAGGUCGAAAGGUUGAGGUGCCUGUGUACAAUUUUGUCUCGCACUCCAGAGAACAGCAUACGAAAACCAUGUACGGCGCAAAUGUUAUCAUUUUCGAGGGCAUUCUAACGUUCCAUAGCAAGGAAAUUCUCAAGAUGCUCGAUAUGAAAGUUUUUGUCGAUACUGACGCAGACAUCCGACUGGCGCGACGCCUUAAGCGAGACAUCCAGCAGCGUGGACGUGAUUUGGAAGGUGUACUUAAACAAUAUUCGACCAUGGUGAAGCCGGCAUACAGUUGCUAUAUUGCCCCCACAAUGGCACAUGCUGACAUUAUAGUGCCACGCGGUUCUAGCAACAUUGUUGCAAUUCAGCUUAUCGUACAGCACGUACACACACAGCUGCAGUUGCGUGGGUUUAAACUAAGAGAGGCGUUGGCUCAUUCGUACAUUGGGCAACCGAUGCCGGAUUCGCUGAAACUGCUCCCAACCACCCCGCAGGUCAAAGGACUUCACACGUUUAUUCGCAAUGCAAACACAGCACGUGAUGAGUUCAUAUUCUAUUCGAAGCGCUUGAUUCGGUUGGUACUAGAGUAUGCACUCAGCUUACUGCCGUUCCGAGCGGUCGAAGUCGAGACACCGCAGAACGUACCGUACAAGGGUAAACGUUUGGCUUGUCAAAAGAUUUGCGGCGUAUCGAUCCUGCGUGCCGGAGAAACCAUGGAGCAGGCUGUAAGUGAUGUCUGCAAGCACAUCCGCAUCGGAAAGAUUUUAAUUCAAACGAAUCAACUUACUGGAGAGCCAGAGCUGUACUACUUAAGGCUUCCAAAGGACAUAAAAGAUUACCGUGUUGUACUUAUGGACGCCACCGUUGCUACGGGAGCGGCAGCAAUCAUGGCCAUUCGGGUGCUAUUGGAUCACGAUGUUCCCGAGGAGAACAUACUUCUGGUGUCGUUGCUAAUGGCGGAAAUUGGUGUCCACUCGAUAGCGUACGCUUUUCCAAAAGUUCAGAUCGUUACGUCCGCCCUUGAUCCGGAGAUCAAUGAAAAGUUUUACGUCAUCCCCGGCAUAGGCAACUUUGGCGAUCGUUACUUUGGUACUGAACCGACCGACCCGAACUUGCUGUAUGAGUAACCCGGAACAGAGGGUGGUGCAGUCAGAAAGUGAGUGUUGCGAAAUAGGCAAUAAACUUUUCUCUUCUGCGCAAUUUCUGUUAUGCUUAAAACUAAAUUUGACAUGUUCCGAUACAUAGGACAACU